AUGCUUCCCAUCGUGAUCCUCUUUGCCAUAUCAGCAGCCCAGGCCAACACUGUAGGCCGGUGGGACUGGUAUCGCGGAGGCGGUGCGAAGAACAAGACAGCUGUGACCAGCUCUCCAUUUGGGGGAACUUCAUUAUCCCGUCUCACCACCGCUGAUGUGGACAUGAUCUCCAAUGAGCCACCCCAAUCACCUUACUUCUCGGACUGGAACCGCCUGGUGAGUGGUUACGGAUCACAGCGCUGCUACAAGAUCCCUCGGGGGAUGAAGCUCUGUCACAAGAUUGGCUACGACUUCAUGGUACUGCCAAACAGCCUGGAACAUGAGACCCUGGAUGAGGCGAUCACACAAUCGGAGGUAUGGCUGACUCUAGUCAACCUCGGCUGCCACGACGAGCUAAAGCGUUUCCUUUGCUCUCUUUAUGCCCCCGUCUGCAUUAACGGCUACCACGAGAAGUUGAUCCAACCCUGUCGGGAAUUGUGCGAGAGCGUGCGAGCCGCCUGCCUGCCCACCAUGACCACUUUCGGUCUCGGAUGGCCCGAUAUCGUCAAGUGCUCUAAGUUUCCACAGGCUCCGCAAGAGUUGUGUAUACCACUCAACAAGCACAAAAAAACUCGCUGUUCAGGAUGCAUCGACAGACCGACCUACGAAAGCGCUAUUGGCAGCUUUUGCACAGCCGAUGUCGUAAUUCGGGCCAAAGUGUUGGAUCUUGUGCCCACACUCCCUUCAAGUGGUCACAACACAACUCACAGGAUCAGAACGACCGGCAGAGUAGGCGCUUUCAAACUGCCCAAGACCCUUAACUCCGUCGUAAAUUUGGACUUUGAAAUGGAGUGUGACUGUCCGAUUAUCAGAGCGGCAUUAACUCGACAAAAGGGACCGGGUCGGUGGCUUAUGAUGGGCAAACUGAAUGAUGACAGAAGAACGGUUACAGUUCAGCACAUAUCCCAGCCCUCUAGACAGAACGCUGGGAUAAAGCGCGCCAUCAGAGAUAUUCGCCGUCGUCCAGAUUCUCUUUGCAAGGUAGAUCUUAUGCAUCCCAACCCUGUAGCGCAUUCAAGAGCUAUCAGCAGCCUAUCCUCGCCCAGCUCAAUGCAGAGUUUGCGUCCCCAAAGCCGCCAGUCGCGAAGGUAUCGACCGCACCUAAGUCCUGAGGAGCGACGGCGGCGACAAUUGCGACGCAGGCGCAAUCAUCCCCGAGGCUCAUCGCCAGAGGCGCAACAACGCGCCGCUAACGUGACCCCCUCCAGAAAACCUCCGCAAUUGCAACAACAACCCAUUAACGACAUACCGAUCCUGACACCAACCCCACGACCUUUUAGCCACCACUUCCAUCGGCGGCAGCUGCAGCAAAAGCGUAUGGGCUACCUGCCACAAACCCAAUGA